UAUUUAUCAGCAGCGAAUAACUGGGCGGCCGUGUAAGUCUAUAGGCUGUCACGUGUGUGGGGACAUACAAAGUGGUGUGUUACGGUAAAAACGCGCUCCCGAUCCCGUUAUUAAAUCGUUGGCGAAACCGAAACGUUGAAAGCUAAAUAUUUUCCCUGUCAGCUCGCACAGGACUUAGACAGGAGGGCCGGUCCGUACGGGAAUUUAACCCCUCCCUACAGCUGCAGCAGGGUAUAUAAGCCCAGCUAGACCCGUCCAUACAACUGUAGCCUGCCAGGCGGCGUUCAGAAAGAAGCUUUACGCGACAGCAGUUCAGUAUGUCCGACACAUACGACGACAUCCUGCGGAAUCUGAUCAACAUUGAUUUAAAUGACCACUUUCCUCGGCAGCAAGAAAAACCAAUGCUACAGCGUCCAUCCUCGCUUUUUUCCCAGAAAAGCAUCAGCUCUGAGCGGCUAACUGAAGAGACCCUCGGCUGGCCGUUUGACAUCUGGAGUGAGACCGCGCCGAGGUCUCCGUACCCGUUCCGGUCGGACCGCUCUAUGAGUCUGACCGACAGCUGCCUUCCCAAGAUGAGGACUCCCGAACUUCCACCACCACCUGGAUUCCCACCGCUGGCGCCUCAGGCUUCAAACCGCUACAAAACCGAGCUCUGUCGAAGCUAUCAAGAAAAUGGCAGCUGCAAAUACGGUAGCAAAUGUCAGUUUGCCCACGGGGAGCGUGAACUGCGGUGUCUGUACCGGCAUCCCAAAUACAAAACCGAAGCAUGUCGCACUUUCUACAACUUUGGAUACUGUCCCUACGGCGCGCGCUGCCACUUCAUACACGAGGAGAAACUAUCCGUGAAGGCACUCAGCCCAAAGACGCACCUGCCGGACGGGAAUCCCCGUCUCUUGCGGCAGAGCGUGAGCUUCGCGGGCUUCCUGGGCUCCCGCAGCGCCUCUCCGCCGAUGGCUUACGAGCCCGUGGGGUUCUCCCGCGCGCCUUCGGUCUCUCCGCCUCCGACGGACGUUCUGUCCCCCGUUUUCAGUGACCCCGCUCGUGAAAUGUUCCCGUUCCCUCAGAGCCGCACCGGUGACGCGGACAUUCCUUUCAAAGUGGAACCCAAGAAAUCCUCGCGUUGUGUUUGUGGCCAAGGAAACGGAAACAACUUCCCGUCUUCGCUGAACAAAUGUACCGGUAAGGAGAACCGGAGCGGUGCCUUCUUCAGCCAGCUCGUGAUGCAGCGUUUCCCGUCUGACGAGUCUCUCUCGGACCGCGAGAGUUACAGUAGCACGGGAAGCUCGAGCGGUUCCGAGUCUCCCACGUUUGAUGGCUCGAGCGCCAAACGCCUCACUGUGUUUGCCCGGAUGUCAGUCUCCGAAUAAACUGGCAGGCUUUUCCAAAGACUUUUUAAAAACCAUCGAAUAUUUUUAAUCAAGAUUCUUUAAUAUGUCGUGGAACAACUCUUAAUACUGUUUAUUUAUUUUUGUCCUACUUAAAUUACUGGCUAUAUCAAAUUUUUGAUACACACUUGCUGUCUAAAGCUAUGUAUUUUUAUAGCAUCUUGUGUAUUUUCUACCAUUAUGUCUUCCAAUUUCUUGCUUUACUAUUCAUUCUUACCAGAGACAUUGUACCAUAUAGUGUCAAGACUAAUUUCACUGGCACAAGCAGAGCUUGUGUCCAUGGAUCCUUUGCGAAUUGUCUGCUGAUAACUGAAAUAAUUCAUAGGCUACUCAACCAGCAAUGUGACAAACUUGAAAAAUGAAAGCUGCCCAUUUACUCACUAAAAAUGCACUUUACAUAUCUGUACUGGGAGACAUGUAGCAUUUAACCAAAGCAUUAUGAUCUUUUGUGCCUAUUGCUUGUGUCAGGGCAGCCUUUUGGUUAAACUCCCUGUGUUGUCAUUUAGACUCACUGUGUCCUUUACAGCAAAUCCAAAACAAUGUAUUUGUUGGCCUGUCACAUUGUCAUGUUCUGACAACCCUGGUUUGAGUCUUUACUCGAACAGACUUGUCUUUCAUCAGGGACUGUAACAAUAUAGUAUUUCUGUAAUUUAGCUUGCUUUUAUUUGAUAUUUUGUAAUUGUAUAGACUGAUAUAUUUAUUAAGUAUUUAUUAAAGUAAUAGCAAUGUAUUUUGUACUUAUUUAUCACAAGUGUCAGGGUAUAAGACAUGCUGCCACAAAAUUAUGGAUUUAUUCUUAACCAAAAUUAUGCAAUAAAUGCAGAUUAUUUGGAAAGUAA